UUUAUAUUUCAAAGACCGUGGUUGAAAUACAUAGAAUGCUGUAAAGGUAGCCAGGCGUCAGACAUUAUGUGGGUGAUUCUGUGUCUUUCCGUGUGUGUAUUCAACAUUAUAUCGUCCUCAGCGCUGGAUACUCAGCUGAAUUGGGUUUGGGAGAAGGCUGGUGUUUCCCGUAAGGAUUAUGAAUCAGAUGUUGAUAACAGAACAACGACUUCAACAAGAACAUCAUUUGCGGAUUUUUCAAAAGAAAAGCUCGCUAGAGAUCUCUCUAAAACAGAGAGACAGCUACUAAAACUUACAAACGAUAAGGAGUUGAAAUGCAACGGCACUUCUUCUGCUGUACCAGAUCUAGACGCAAUUCCUUUACCAGAAAUCACUACCAAACUUUCACAAAACGAAAAAACGUCACUUAGAUAUCUUUUACGUCAGAUGGAUGUCAUUAAAGACACCAUCAGAGAUGCAAUGAAAAAAGCGAAAACACCAAAGUGCUUGAGGAAGUGCAAAGCAGGUAACAGGCUCUUGGAUACAGGGGACUCGUACUUUGAUUUUACCAGAGAAUUUUACCUUUGUUCCUGGAUGACCCAAUUUGAAAACUUGGAGAAAGUGAAAGAUUUGCGUUCAUCACGAGACGUCUCAGCAUCGGCCGUGUUGGAUAUCCUCCUGGUUCUGACUGACAACGCUGCAGUAUUGGAGUAUCUGACUAUGGAGCACAUGAACGAUUUAAAAGCCUUCGACCAGAUCAAGAAGGAGAGAAAGUGAGAGAAACCCUUGCUGAAUGGAGCAUACGACUAAUUGUACUGAAUAAAGGCAC